AGCAAAACGUAUUCCUUUGUCGCCAUCCCGGGAACCAACCAAAGGAAACGGCCUCGACGGAAAUACGACGAGAUUGAACGGCUAUAUCACUGCAACUGGCCCGGCUGCACAAAGUCGUAUGGCACGCUGAAUCAUCUGAAUGCGCAUGUCAGCAUGCAGAAACACGGGCCCAAGCGACAUCCGUCCGAGUUUAAGGAAAUGCGCAAGGAGUGGCGACGACAAAAGAAGGAA